GGCUUUGUGGCACAGCUCAGAGAACAAAAUCUGAAGUCGAAAAGGGCAUGGCUCGAAUCAACGGCUACAUAUGAUUGGUUUAGAGAGCCAAGUACAGCAAAGUGCACGAUUGAUUACGACGAAAUCCAGAUCACGGAGAUAGUAGUCAACCCAUACAUUCAAGAAGUUGGCAACGAGAAGAAGAAAUGUGCAGCAUACCUUCAAGGUUCUCCAUAAGCCAUUUGUUGUUUUUGGGACUGAUGUGGCUGUCCCACCACCAGGAAUGCGACUUUUUGGACUCCAAUCUUUUCAUAGAUUUCCUCGAAUGAGCCUGUGACGAGAGUACGUACAAACGGCCAGAAAUCAGCAGCGGAAGCAAGAUCAGAAACAGUCAAUAGGGGAAACCAAAGCAAUACACAUGGAUGAUACAUCAGUU